UAAUUGCAGUGUUAUAUAGAUCCGAAAUUGAAUUUGUUAAAGUGCAGUGGAAUAUUGUGAUUGUGUUUUUAUGCCAACCAUUACGGAUAUACCUGGGGGUACCGUGUAUCUGACAUCGAUGGCGUCAGACCAGGACUCCUGUUCUGAUGAGGAGCCUGACAGUGAGAUGCUGAGCGACGACCUCUGUCUACCUGACAGUGAUGAUGACAGGCAACCGACCAGAAGUGUACAGAGCCUCACAGAAGAUAUACCAGCUCUCAACUCCUGUCUUCUGCGUCCGCCACGGAAGCUGUUCACCAAUUGCAGGGAACGUUGGCGCCAGCAGAAUGUCAGUGGUGCCUUUGCUGAGCUACGAAGGCUCGUGCCUACACAUCCUCCAGACAAAAAGCUGUCCAAGAAUGAAAUUCUCAGGAUGGCUAUCAGGUACAUAGGUCUACUUUGUGAGGUUCUGGAAUGGCAGAAGACACAUGGCCAUUCUAUGAACAAGGAAAACACAGCAAACCUAGCUAUAAAAUGCGAAUCACCUCUCAGUCCCCAUUCGAGGCGUAUUCGUCUCAAAAGGCCAUAUUUCAACGACGAAGACUAUCCAAAACCUAGAAUUUACCACGAGAACUCCGAUUACCAAAAAUAUGGGAAUGAAGAAAACGAGGAGUCUAUUACACGGAGAAAUUAUCAGAGAAAUGCUAGUUGUCGUGAAUUUUUCUUUGGAAAAGAUCAUGUAAAAAUUCUACGAAAUCAGUAUCACCUCCCUACGAAAUGGCGGCAGAAUAUACCGUUCAGAAACUUAGGAGAUCGCAACAGCAACAAUCUGUUGAUGAUAGCACCAGCCCAGAACGGCAGAGAGAAUGACAGUAAGAAUUCAAACGGCAAUUCUAAGGAGAAGAGUGAUGGUAAAAACAUCGAGAAAUAGAACAUGCGAAUGAAAUGAAGAAUGAAACAAGAUAUUCAAGAUUUUGGAUAUUUAAGUGGUAGAGAAUUUAUGUAUAUUUUAAUCUACUUACUGUACUAGUACAGCAUUGUAUUUCGAUUCGCUCAUUCUAUUUCACCGGGGCAGAAUUUAUUCAUUGGCUGUAUGGAUAUAUGCCUCCCUUACCUAUUUUUGCUGUGUAAGCUUUCAUAGUAAGCUGUGUUCUAGUUUAGAGUAGUUAUUUUUAAUGAUAAUAGGAUUGUACACCCAUCUGCGCUAACGGUUUAUGCUAGUGAGGCACCAGUAGAGGAUGAUACGAUGUCAGGUCAGUUAGCCCAUGGUGAUGAAUUCACCACGAAUUAAUAAUGAUGGUUUCUAGUGAGAACCGUGUAGAGGUCAA